AAUCAACGUCUCGUAUGGUCCAGUAGUUUAGAGCACAUUUUCAUCAACUUUUUUGUGCCAGGAGGGUCCAAAGUGCAGGUUUUUAUAACUCUGUACAGUGCAGAAGACUUACGUAUUGCUUUGAUUGCUUGUGAUUAGAUUAAAGUCCAGUUUAUCGCGUGGAAACGCUGUCAAUGAGUGUAAACUUGGAGAAUGGGAUCAAGCAAGAGAGUGGAGUUGAUGAAGGAGAGGGCAAUGGAUUGUGUUUGAUAUGUGGGGAUAAGGCUACAGGAAAGCACUACGGUGCCUCGAGUUGUGAUGGUUGCAAGGGUUUCUUUCGUCGAAGUGUGCGGAAAAACCACGUUUACUCCUGCCGAUUUCAAAGACUUUGUGUUAUAGACAAGGACAAGAGGAAUCAAUGUCGGUUCUGUCGACUCAAGAAAUGUUUUCGAGCAGGAAUGAAAAAAGAAGCUGUACAAAAUGAGAGAGAUUCCAUUUCUAAAAAACCUAAAGAAGAGGAAAAGAAAUAUGGCAUCACUACACAAACACUGUUGUCAGCAGAAAUCCUGUCCAGACCAGCAACAUCUCCUCCAGAUUCYAUUAGCUUAGAAAGAGAAGCAAAUUACCACGAUAUCUGUGAAUCUAUGCGACAACAACUUCUCAUCUUAGUCGACUGGGCCAAACACUUGCCUUGUUUUUGUGAGCUUGAACUUGAUGACCAAGUUGCUUUGCUACGGGCUCAUGCUAUGGAACAUUUAGUCCUGGGAGUCUCUCGAAGAUCUCUUGGGCUUAAAGACGUGUUAUUACUAGGAACAGAUCUUGUAAUCCCAAGAUCAGCUGGGGACCCAGAUGUACGGAGAAUAGCUGCACGAAUCCUUGAUGAAAUAGCUUUACCAAUGCGACAGUUAAAAAUUGAUGAUACAGAGUUUGCUUGUCUUAAGGCAAUAGUAUUCUUCAACCCUGGUUUCAUUUCAGAUGCAAAAGGCUUGGGAAAUUCACAGAAGAUCAAAGCACUACGAUUUGAAAUCCAAACGACGCUAGAAGAUUACAUAAGUGACCAUCAAUAUGACUGCAGGGGAAAGUUUGGUGAAAUGCUGUUAUUAUUACCAACAUUGCAAAGCAUUGCAUUGCAAAUGACUGAACAGCUUCAGAUUGCAAGACUUUUUGGUGUGGCUAAAGUUGAUAGUCUACUUCAAGAGAUGUUAUUAGGAGGUACGAACAUAAAUGAACAGUUUGAUCCAACAACAAUGUCUAUUGCACCCUCACCAGACAGUGCAUCCUCCCCUGAGGCGGCAAUUACUUCGCCUCCACCAGAACAUUUAUUUCCAGCAGCAUUUCCUGGUAUGACAACAACACCUUUAACUAUCACACCUGGUCUCUUCUCUUUACCAACUGAAACCACCGUAGCUGGUAUAGCUAAUGUACUUCCCUCUAUAUCAGUUGCUGGAAUCCAACAACAACAACAACUUCAGCAGCAUCAACAACACCCACAACAACAACCUUAUCAUACCGAACAAUCAUCAACACAAACAAGAUUAAAAACUGAAUUUUUGCAAGAUCCUGGGUCGAACAAAAAUGGUUCUUUGAUCCAAUGAUAGAAAAUACAAGUUGCUCAAAACUUUGAGAAUAAGAAGCGUUAUAAAUAGAAUGACAGGAUUUUGCUAAAUGAGAGAUGACAUUACUACGGGAAAAAAGGUUCUAAACUCUAAUAUUUUCAUACUUUAAUACAAAGAGAAUUCAUCAUCAUGAUACAUGUACAAUACUGAUUAUUUGAUAGAUAGUGAAUUCAAUCACUUAUAUUCAAUCAUACGUUUAGUCCAGGAAGUCAAAGCCACACAGUACUUAUCAUAAUGCAUGUAGAUAGCUACAGCCUUGUAUAAUUAUUUAGGAAUGCUUAGUGCCUGUCGUAGCUUAAGAUUAAUAUUGCCUGCAAUUGCUGCGGUCCAUACUCUUAAUAAUGCUAAACAAGGAAUAUCAACAUGUUUAAAACUCACAAUUCARAGGUACAACAAGAACAGUAAAAUAUUUGAACACAGCAAAGUUUUAACAAAGUAUGGACAAUGGAGGAAUGCAUUUACAGUAAGGACACUCAGACCUUGAACACUUACAGUGAUUCUCAAUCAUACGUGCAAAAUUGGAACUUUUUUCAAGACAUAAUAGAGUCUUGGUGGACACCAAUCAGAGUGUUUUCAUGACAUUGUCAGAAAACACAAAGCUUUUAAGAGCAUGUGCCUAUGGAAUGUCAUGGAAAUGCAUUGAUUGACGUCCACCAAAACCUACUUCAAUGGCAAAUGGUAUGAUUUCACUCGUGUGAUUGAGAAGCGCUGAAAUGUUUUGUGUCACUAUUUUAAAAUGAUUUAUUGUGAUCCCUUGGUGUAUUUGACCUCAAUUAAUAAAGAGGGUUUGAAACCAUAGAAAUUCAGGAAAUAAUUACCUGGAGUAAAGAUGGAAGUAUUCAUAGUUCAAGUGUCCUCACUAUAAACUAUGUAAUUUUUAAUAUCAAAACAACAAUUGGAAACAGUUGUUGCUAAUGACUGUAUUCAAACUAAGCUUGCAGAAAGAACUGUUUCUAAUAGUUGUUGAUGGCAGACAAAUGUUUGCUUGUAAUUUGGCGCUAAUUGUAGGGACAUCAUAGAUUCCUUGCAAGCUAUUCCUAAUGCAGAUCAAUUUGAAGAAGAAAGCAAUAUCAUGAGAGUAUGCAUUCUUAGUAGCUAACGCCCUUCAAAUUGAGGCACUCUAGGAAUAGACCCUUUUCGAGUUCCAAAUUACCACUGUGUUUCUUGAUUACAGACUCAUUUGCUCAGUCUAAGCCUCGAAUCAGUUUCUAAUUACUCGCAAAUACCAACGGUAAAGUAAAGAAUGCACAAG